ACAAAUAGAACCGAAUCAUGGAGGUGGCUUGUGCUGCCUGGGGUCAAGGUUCUAUUUCAGGAUCUGAACACCUGCUUAUUUCACGCCUUUUGAUUUCCCUUUGAUGCAUCUAUUUAUUUACUUCAUUCUAUCGUCAUUGAUUCCCGCAGUUCCUGCACGAGGACGCCUACCACCGUUGUCGCAAACAAUCCAUCUGUUAAUCGAUACAUACGAGUAAAGGCCGCCAUGCCGUUGCGCGACAUCCUCCAGAAAAAGGAGAGGCUCGGAGUUCCCGACAGUGGACAGGAUGCGAGAGGCAUCCCAACAGCGUCGGUGAACCCCGUCCCCGACAUCACCUUCGUCCGAUCGGAUACGACGACGCAUGAAGUCAUCAUUUCGCCUACCGUCGCUCAUCAUGCGGAACCCCCGUCGUCGCCUCGACGGUCUUUCAAUCCGUUCCAUCGCUCGUCGCCGCCGAACGAACCCCUGUCUCCGGAGACGCCCUCGACUACUCGUCCGCGACGACUGUCGCAGCUGCUGCGCCUGGACCGGCCCAGUUCGCGCAACCGCGCUCCCUCAGUUCAUAUACCGUCUGAUCUGCCUCAGAUCUCCUCGGAUGCAGGGUCUGAACAGGACAGGGAGGCACUGUGGGAGAAGCGGGCGACAAUGCUAGCACAGGGCAAUCCGCAACUUGGAUUAUCGCCGGGCUCGUCACGAUCGAGAAGUUCUAGUCAUAGUGGUGUUGAUGCAGAAGGGGAUGUCAAUAUCCAAGAGGCGAUUCGUCUUCACGAGGCUGGCGAGUUAGAAAAGUCGACAGAGAUGUUUCGGAAGCUAGCAGAUCCGUACGGUGCUAAUAAUUCGCUGAGUCAAGUGCUUUAUGGGCUUGCAUUGAGACACGGCUGGGGAUGUCCCGAAGAUCCAGAACGCGCCAUCACCUACCUCUCAGCAGCAGCAACCAACUCCGCGACAGUCGAGUCUCAAGCCCUGCAAGCAGGCAUGAAAAAAGGCGGGAUCGCCAAAGGCGAGCUGGUGCUCGCGAUCUUCGAACUGGGCAACUGCUUCCGCAACGGCUGGGGCGUGCAAAAGGACCCCAUGGCAGCACGACAGUACUUCGAGACGGCGGCGAACCUAGGCGACACGGACGCCAUGAACGAGGUAGCCUGGUGCUACCUGGAAGGAUUCGGGGGGAAGAAGGAUAGGUUCGCAGCAGCCAAAUACUACCGAUUGGCCGAGCAAAAAGGGAGCAAAUUAGUGGGAAAUUCAUGGUAUGUUUGAGCGCCUACUUUACCCAUUACCCCCUCCUCUCAUUCCCUCUCCAUGCCUCACUGCGUAUAAUACCACCGCCCCAUACGAAAAGCACGAUCAUCCAGAUGAUCUACACAGCAUCACCCGCAGAGGUGAGAAGAGGGGGUCUGUGUCUACUGUCUACGUGCAGUAGAAAGCCAGUCAUGCUUGGCAGCGGCCCAACUGAUAGGCUCUCACGGAUCCUUCUGCACCAGC